CAUCCCGCAUACACGUACAACGACGCUUUCUAAAGCAACUUCUCAAGAGCAAACGACCAUCUUAACCACCCCGUCUACUGUGUAAUAGUGAAUAACAGACGAGAAUGCCACGUUCCUCAAAGUUCAAGGAUGAGCAUCCGUUCGAGAAGCGCAAGGCAGAGGCAGAGCGUAUUCGGCAGAAGUAUCCCGACCGGAUUCCGGUGAUUUGCGAGAAGGAGGACAGGUCGGACGUCCCUACGAUCGACAAGAAGAAGUAUCUGGUACCAUCCGACCUCACCGUCGGGCAGUUCGUGUACGUAAUCCGUAAACGGAUCAAACUUGCGCCAGAGAAAGCCAUCUUCAUCUUCGUCAACGAUAUGAACCCGGCAACUUCGCAGCUUAUGAGUGCGGUUUACGAGGAGCACAAAGACGAGGACAACUUCUUAUACGUCACAUACUCGGGAGAGAACACCUUCGGGUGCGAGGAGUUGUGA